UCUUAUGUAGACAACAGAAGGUAUGUUCUUAAUAGUUAAAUACACAUGACCGGCCCCUUGCUUUAUAAGUGUUCGAGAUUAUACAUAAUCUUGCUCUUCUUUAUUUUUUUUGGGCUUUUAAAAAAGAGAUGUCUGUCUGUUUAUUUUUAAGAUAUACUGAAGAAGGAGGUUGUAUGAUUCCCUCAUUCAUCAUCUUCGUGAUGAGUAUUGAGUGGAGAAGCUGGUAGUGCUGUGUGCAGUGCAGCUGCCAAAGUAAAGAAUUUCAAAUAAUAAAUAGAAAAGAAAUAAACACAAAUCUCCACCUCAUCACCGAUCAAUUCCCGAGGCCCCAGCAGCCAGCAAUGCAUGCAUAUAUAUAAACGACGCCAUCCCACCACCACCACCACCACCACCACCCGCUCAUUACUUCCAUUCCUACCCAGCUGCUAGCUAGCUGUAUCUCCUCAUCAAGGAAAAUUAUUAAGAUGAGCAGGCCGGGAGAUUGGAAUUGCAGGUCCUGCCAGCACCUCAACUUCCAGCGGAGAGACUCGUGUCACCGCUGCGACGAGCCAAGAAUCGGCGGCGGGUCCUCCUCCUUUGGCUUCACCACCGGCCCUGACGUGAGGCCCGGCGACUGGUACUGCGCCGUCGGCAACUGUGGCACCCACAACUUCGCCAGCCGCUCCACCUGCUUCAAGUGCGGCGCCUUCAAGGACGACAACUCGUCUGGCGGCUUCAAUGGUGGCAGGAGCUUCGGCUUCGGCGGUGGCAGUCGAUCCGGGUGGAAGUCCGGCGACUGGAUUUGCAACAGGCCGGGCUGCAAGGAGCACAACUUUGCCAGCCGAAUGGAGUGUUUCAGAUGCGGGGCGCCAAGGGAGUACAGCUGCUAGCUAGCAUGUACGCUCCAUUUUUGCAUGCCAAAAUUAAGUUUUCAGAUACUGCAACUGGGGGAGAUCUGAUCAUCGAGGAAGUCCCAUCCCAUUUGAUGAUGAUAUGCUUGCUAGCUGCCCAUUUGGUCUUAAUUAGUUUCCCGCUAGCUAGAGCUGCCACCCUUCUUGUUUUUCGUUUUCUUCAUCUCUGUAUUCCUAUAUAUUGUAUUGAUCUCUCUUCCUGCCGAGAGCCUCUAAUUAAUUAUGGUUGAAAGCUCUUGUUUAGCUAGGAAGGGUUAGAUCCAUGGUUCAUUUUGUGGGCUUUAUUUAUUGAUAUUUAUCAUCAAAUGAUAUAUAUUGCCAUGUUGUCCUCCUCUUCUAUAUAUAUCUAAUUAAUCUAAGUGUGUGUCU